CUUUGUGCCUGUCCUGGCCUCUGAUCUCUUCCCUGAAGGACAGCAGGGCUGAUUAAUGACCAGCCAGAUCUCCACAUCUUGCAUAUUGGGGUCUGCUGGCUCAUUGCAAUCUGAGCAUGUCACCUACAGUAUUCCUCCUCACCGUCUCUGGGCUGCUGCUUGCAUCUCCCACCGAUGCCCGGGGUUGGUUUAUGCCCAUUACUGACAGCUAUACUCAGCCAGGCUUCAACGCCAGCCAGUUUGCUGGGAAAUGGCACCUUAUUGCAAUAGCUGCCACUUGUGCUGAACUGAGCGAAAGCUACCGUAAAUCGGAUGGAGUGAGCAUAGUAGUAUCCGUCAACCAAACAACCCCUCAGGGCUCCCUGUUGGUUGACACCUACUACCCCAUGCAAAUGUUCUGUUGGAAUAUCAAGCAGAUCUACCUUCCUACCAAUGCUCCAGGGAAAUUCCUCUUGAAAGGUAGCAACCCCCCGAUGCAUGUCUUUGUUUCGGAAACUGAUUACAGCACCUACGCCAUCGUCUACUAUCAGUCGUUCAAAGGGGUUGCUGUGAAGAUUUAUGGACGAACCCGCAGGCUCGAUGAUAACAUCACAGAUAGAUUUGAUUUGGAAGCGCGUGAUUUGGGGCUGAGGGGACCGAAUGAGGUAUAUUACUGGCAUCGUUAUGGGUUCUGUCAGUCAGCUUUUCGGUUUCGCACCCUAGAUGAGACUGAUCUCCUUGAUGAAUCAUGAAGUAUAUGAAGCUAAGGAGCUGAUGCAGAGGGCUGCAUUGGAGGGAGCCAACCUGUGUCUGUUCUGACCUUGUCCCAUUGAGUACAAUGCUUUGUCUGUACCUGACCUGUCGUCUUUUUGGAAAUUCCCUGUCCCUUAUCCUUGAACUUUCUGUCCCUUGUUUCCCCAGUCUUGGCAUAUGAUUAAAUAAAUACAAUAAAAGCUGCUUUAUGAAAUGCAAA